CCCCGGCUCCCCAGCUCCUCUCCUCUGUCCGCCUCUCCAUCCCUUCAUCUGUCUGUCCCUUCAAAGAGGGGGAGGGGGGUACCUGAGCCAGUAAGCAGCCCCUCCCUCCCCCUGUCCUGAGUCUCCUGCCCCUCUCCUGGGCCGGGGGGAGGCCAGGGUCGCGCGGGUCCCCAUGGCUGGGGGCUGAGGGCCCGCCCCCCCCUCCUCCCCAGCCGCCACCACCUCCACCUCCCUUCCAUCCUCGACAAGAUGCCUGCCCCCGGCGCCCUCAUCUUCCUCGCGGCCGUCUCCGCCUCCAGCUGCCUGGCGUCCCCGGCCCACCCUGAUGGAUUUGCCCUGGGCCGGGCCCCUCUGGCUCCUCCCUACGCGGUGGUCCUCAUUUCCUGUUCAGGCCUGCUGGCCUUCAUCUUCCUCCUCCUCACCUGUCUGUGCUGCAAACGGGGCGAUGUCGGCUUCAAGGAGUUUGAGAACCCCGAAGGGGAGGAUUGCUCCGGGGAGUAUACUCCCCCGGCCGAGGAGACCUCCUCCUCACAGUCGCUGCCCGACGUCUACAUUCUCCCGCUGGCGGAGGUCUCCCUGCCGAUGCCCGCCCCGCAGCCAUCACACUCAGACAUGACCACCCCCCUGGGCCUUAGCCGCCAGCACCUCAGCUACCUACAAGAGAUUGGGAGUGGCUGGUUUGGGAAGGUGAUCCUGGGAGAAAUUUUCUCCGACUACACCCCAGCCCAGGUGGUGGUGAAGGAGCUCCGAGCCAGUGCGGGACCCCUGGAGCAGCGCAAGUUCAUCUCGGAAGCACAGCCAUACAGGAGCCUACAGCACCCCAACGUCCUCCAGUGCCUGGGCGUCUGCGUGGAGACACUGCCCUUUCUGCUGAUUAUGGAAUUCUGUCAACUGGGGGACCUGAAGCGCUACCUCAGGGCCCAGCGGCCCCCCGAGGGCCUGUCCCCUGAGCUGCCCCCUCGAGACCUGCGGACCCUGCAGAGGAUGGGCCUGGAGAUCGCCCGCGGGCUGGCACAUCUCCACUCCCACAACUACGUGCACAGCGACCUGGCCCUGCGCAACUGCCUGCUGACCUCCGACCUCACCGUGCGCAUCGGGGUAGGGCUGGCCCACAGCAACUACAAGGAGGACUACUACCUGACCCCCGAGCGCCUGUGGAUCCCGCUGCGCUGGGCAGCGCCCGAGCUCCUCGGGGAGCUGCACGGGACCUUCAUGGUGGUGGACCAGAGCCGUGAAAGCAACAUCUGGUCCCUAGGGGUGACCCUAUGGGAGCUGUUUGAGUUUGGGGCACAGCCCUACCGCCAUCUCUCAGAUGAGGAGGUCCUUGCCUUCGUCGUCCGUCAGCAGCAUGUCAAGCUGGCCCGGCCAAGGCUCAAGCUGCCCUAUGCGGACUACUGGUAUGACAUCCUGCAGUCCUGCUGGCGGCCACCUGCCCAGCGCCCUUCGGCCUCUGAUCUACAACUGCAGCUCACCUACCUGCUCUCUGAGCGGCCCCCAAGGCCCCCGCCGCCGCCACCCCCACCCCGAGAUGGUCCCUUCCCCUGGCCCUGGCCCCCGCAGCACAGCGCCCCUCGCCCAGGGACCCUCUCCUCGCCGUUCCCCCUUCUGGAUGGCUUCCCUGGGGCUGACCCUGAUGACGUGCUCACGGUCACCGAGAGUAGCCGUGGCCUCAACCUUGAGUGCCUGUGGGAGAAGGCGCGGCGGGGGGCCGGUCGGGGCGGGGGAGCACCCACCUGGCAGCCGGCGUCUGCUCCCCCAGCCCCCCAUGCCAACCCCUCCAACCCUUUCUACGAGGCGCUGUCCACGCCCAGUGUGCUGCCGGUCAUCAGCGCCCGCAGCCCCUCCGUAAGCAGCGAAUACUACAUCCGCCUCGAGGAGCAUGGCUCCCCGCCAGAGCCCCUCUUCCCCAAUGACUGGGACCCCUUGGACCCAGGAGUGCCUGCCCCCCAAGCCCCCCAAGCCCCCUCCGAGGUCCCCCAGCUGGUGUCCGAGACCUGGGCUUCCCCCCUCUUCCCUGCAGCCCGGCCCUUCCCGGCCCAGUCCUCAGCAUCCGGCAGCUUCCUCCUGAGUGGCUGGGACCCCGAGGGCCGGGGUGCCGGGGAGACCCUAGCAGGAGACCCUGCCGAGGUGCUGGGGGAGCGGGGGACUGCCCCAUGGGCCGAAGAAGAAGAGGAGGAAGAGGAGGGCAGCUCCCCGGGGGAAGACAGCAGCAGCCUUGGGGGUGGCCCCAGCCGUCGGGGCCCCCUACCCUGUCCCCUGUGCAGCCGCGAGGGGGCCUGUUCCUGCCUGCCCCUGGAGCGGGGGGACGCUGUCGCUGGCUGGGGAGGCCACCCUGCUCUUGGCUGCCCUCAUCCCCCAGAGGACGACUCGUCUUUGAGGGCAGAGCGGGGUUCCCUGGCCGACCUGCCCCUAAACCCCCCUGCCUCGGCCCCCCCCGAGUUUCUGGACCCCCUCGGAGCCUUCCCAGGCGGGGGACCAGCAGAGGAGGAAGGGGUCCCUCGACCACGGGCUCCCCCCGAGCCCCACCCGGGAGCGCCCCGGCCACCCCCAGACCCGGGUCCCCUCCCGCUCCCGGGGGCCCGGGAGAAGCCGACCUUCGUAGUUCAAGUGAGCACCGAGCAGCUGCUGAUGUCCCUGCAGGAGGACGUGACAAGGAACCUCCUGGGGGAGAAGGGGGCAACCGCCCGCGAGACGGGGCCCAGGAAGGCGGGGAGAGGCCCCGGGAAUCGAGAGAAAGCCCCGGGCCCCAGCAGGGACCCCACAGUCCUGGACAGCGGGAAGAAAGCCCCAAGCCCGAACGAGGGCCUGAGCCUCCCCGUGAAUGGGGUGACAGUGCUGGAGAACGGGGGACAGAGAGAGGAGAAGGUGGCGGAGAAUGGGGGCCUGGGGUCCCCAGAGAAAGAAGAGACAGUGCCGGAGAAAGUGCUGGAGAAUGGGGAGCUGCCACCCCCAAGGAGGGAGGAGAAAGUGCUGGAGAAUGGGGACCCGGGGUCCCCAGAGAGAGAAGAGAGAGUGUUGGUGAAUGGGGGCCUGACACCCCCAAAGAUCGAGGAGAAGGGUUCAGAGAAUGGGGGCCUGAGACUCCCCAGGAACAUGGAGAGGCUGCCAGAGACUGGGCCUUGGAGAGCCCCAGGGCCCUGGGAGAAGAUGCCCGAGAGUGGGGGUCCAGCCCCCAUGACCGGGGAGCCAGCCCCAGAGACCUCGCUGGAGAGAGCCCGGGCACCCGGCGCCGUGGCCUUGGCCCUGAACGGCGGGGAGACAGCCCCUGGCCCCACUGGCCCAGCCCCCAGGAGCGGGGUGCCGGAACCCGGGACGGAGAGGAGAGCCCCCGAGACUGGGGGGGCACCGAGAGCCCCCGGGGCUGGGAGGCUGGACCUCGGGAGUGGGGGCCGAGCCCCAGUGGGCAUGGGGAUGGCCCUCGGCGGCGGCCUCGGAAGCGGCGUGGACGCAAAGGCCGGAUGGGUCGACAGCACGAGGCCACAGCUGCCUCCGCCGCCACUGGAGGCACAGCCGAGGAGGCCGGAGCCAGCGCCCCAGAGAGCCAGGCCGGAGGUGUCCCCCGAGGGAGAGCCCGGGGUCCCAGACAGCAGAGCCGCCGGAGACACGGCACCCAGCGGAGACGGGGACCCCCCCAAGCCCGAGAGGAAGGGCCCCGAGAUGCCACGACUGUUCUUGGACUUGGGACCCCCUCAGGGGAACAGCGAGCAGAUCAAAGCCAAACUCUCGCGGCUUUCGCUGGCGCUGCCGCCGCUCACGCUCACUCCGUUCCCGGGGCCGGGCCCGCGGCGGCCCCCGUGGGUCUCCUUCCACGGGGACGUGACCGUCUACCUCUUCGACCAGGAGACGCCAACCAACGAGCUGAGUGUCCAGGGCCCCCCCGAGGGGGACACGGACCAGUCAACGCCCCCAGCGCCCCCGACGCCUCCCCACCCCGCCACCCCCGGAGAUGGGUUUCCCAACAACGACAGCGGCUUUGGAGGCAGUUUCGAGUGGGCGGAGGAUUUCCCCCUCCUCCCCCCGCCAGGCCCCCCCCUGUGCUUCUCCCGCUUCUCCGUCUCGCCUGCGCUGGAGACCCCGGGGCCCCCCGCCCGGGCCCCCGACGCCCGACCCGCAGGCCCCGUGGAGAACUGAUUCCCCGAAGACCCGACCCCCCUGCACCCCCAGAAGAGGGGUUGAGAGUAGAAUCCUCUGUGGACGACGGAGCCACUGCCACCACCACAGACACCACCUCCGGGGAGGCCCCUGAGGCUGGGCCCUCCCCCUCCCCCACCAUGUGCCAAACGGGAGGCCCAGGCCCCCCGCCCCCCAGCCCCCCGGAUGGCUCCCCUGAGCCCCCCGACCCCCUUGGUGCCAAAUGAGGCAGGAAGCCCCUCGCCCCUCCCUGGAGAGCCGCCUUUCUCGGAACUGAACUGAACUCUUUGGGCCUGGAGCCCCUCUGCACAGCGGAGGCCCUUCCUCACCCACCCCCAGCCCCAGACAGGGGCCGCAGGCUUCGGGGACCUGGCCCCCCCCAUCUCGCGUCUCCCCUUCCCCACCGUGGACCGGCCCCUGGAGGGGCCUCUGGUUCAAACCUUCGCGUGGCAUUUUCACAUUAUUUAAAAAAGACAAAAACAACUUUUUGGAGGAA